GCUGAAAAGAGAUACUGACGGGACAGUUCCUUCCUGUUCCUGCUUCUCUCCCUGUGCCCCUCCUACACUCCGAGGCCGAGCAUCUUCCCUCCAUACAGUGAAUAUCAGCUCCAGCACAAGGCAGCUCUUCCUGCAUCACAUUGUGUAUCUGACGCUGCUGCAGCUACUGACCCAGAGAAAACCGGGACUUCCCUCAACUUCUGAGCCCUCAGUGGCUGCAACUCCUGCAACUGAUGCAAAUAAACAGCAGAAAUGACUGCACAUCUCAACACUAUUUGCUGCAACCAAGUCUGCUUUGCAACAAACACACGUGCAAUGGCAUCAGGUGCAUUGUAGCUGCAUACAAGUAGGAAGGAUGGCUGAGGUGGAGGUAAGUGGCCUCACUGAUUCGGUGGACAAUGACUUUCUGAUUCUUUACUUUGAGAACAAGCGACGCUCAGGAGGGGGCACUAUCCGGUCCUGCAGGCGCACUGGAUCCGAGGCGCUGAUCAUGUUUGACUGCCUAGCUGAUGCAGAAGAAGUCUUGAGCCGAACUUGGCACCACUUUAAUGACAUUACUGUCCAGGUACGCAGACCCCCCCCAUGGGACCCAGGAAAACUUGCGCUUACAAAUCUGAACCCUCAGAUCGAGAACGAUUUGUUGGAGAUUUACCUUGAGACCCUCAGCAAUCGAGAGGAUUUUACCAUUUGGCGAUCUACAGACAAGACCAAAGUACUUGUCACCUUCCAGGAACCACUGAGUGAUACAGAGAUGGAAUCCCUGAGCAAACGCAUUGUGGCACGACCAUUACAUGGGGCAUCAGUCUGUACUGAGCACGUGCGGGCCACCACUGAGAUCCUGGUGCAGAACGUGGGGCCCAAGAUCUCAGCUGACCUAUUAGAGAUGUACUUCGAGAGCCAGAGGCGCAGUGGAGGCGGAGCAGUGAGUGCAGUUCAGAUGCUGACGGACAAGAUGGCCGCCAUUGUGUCAUUCAUCGACCAUCAGGUUGUUGGAAAUGUUGUUAGAAGAGAACAUGCCCUGGAAGGCUGCCGGCUACUCACUUCUCCUUACUACCCAGCUGUGUUGGGCAUGCCCUGGGCACCGGACCCAGAUACUGGGAAACAGCAGAAAGAGACAGAUGGUACAUCAGAUUGUGCAGAGGACAUGAGUGUGGAUCAGACCCCAACAGCCAAUAUAGAUGAGAGUAGGAUGAAGAGCAAAGGGCAGAGCAAUGAGCCUAGAGAGCAAAGCCUACUGCACAACAAUGAGGAAAGCCUACUGCACAACAUGGAGCAGAGCCUACUGCAGAACAAGGAGAAGAGCCUACUGGCCGUGCAGCACAUUGAGAAUCAGGAUUCUGUGCAGUUUUGUGCUGUUGCAGAAAAACACAAUGAUCAGAACUUGGCAGAACAAGUGGACGGGCAACUCAGCAUAGCUGUGGAGUCAAUAGGCCAGUUAGUCUCUCAAAGAUCAGGUAACAAGCUUCUGGAUCCUGCUUUGGCACAACCCUCAGAUGAGAAAGUUGAUGCCCAAGGCAUAGCAGGCAGUGUGGGAAUGAGAGCGGUGCAGGAGGAACUGGUCACAAUGCAGAUCUCAGAGCUUCGCUUCUUACAAGAAUAUCAUCAUGAUCUCCUGGCAGGGAUGGACCAGGUCACCAUCCAACCACUGGAGGGAGAAGACACCACUGGAUUUAAGGUUUCUGGAGACCCCUUUUCUUGCCAGACGGCUGUUGAGCUGCUGCAGCACAUUGUGUCUUCUCUAUCAUAUCGCUCUGUCACCCUAGAAUACCCGGGGGUGACCCGUUUCCUUCUGGGAGAUGAAGGGCAGCGGCUCCUCCAAGAGACAGAAAAACUGUAUCAUUGCAUUAUUGACACGUCGCUGCUGAGCUGGAAAGCCCUGGAGUUGGAGUAUGUGGAUCCUUGGAGGCUGGUUAAUGAUGCCGUUCUUGUGCCGUCUGUUCAAGAUUUGUCCUCCGAGGAGCCCCCAGAACCAGCAAAUGAGCUUCCCGAAAACAUGGAGGACAUCAAGCGCUUUGCCUCCUUGAUAACUGAUUUGGAAAUUGUGAAGGACAGAUCGAAAGAGUCAGGCAACACCAUCAGUCCAGGCACAGAGGAUAUGGAGCAGGAUCUAUACACUGACAGACCUCCACCAAGGCCAGAAGCUGAGUUUCCUGAAGAUGAAGAUGAUGAACUGGAGCAGAUAUACAAGAUAUCUCGGGAUGAGUAUCAGGAUAGACACCUGGAUGAGGAGGCUCAGCUUCUACUAGCAAUACAGAGAUCAAUGGACACUCAAAGUACCAGUGAAUGUGAAGACAAGGAGCUGCAAGAAGCUUUGGCGAUGUCUUUGAAACAACAGACCAUGGAGGAGACAGAGGAAAAUCUGCAAAUGGCACUUGAGAUGUCCCUGAAGGAUCAAUGGGGAUAUCAACAUGAUAUGACAGCAAGUAGCGAUGAGGCAAAAGAGGAGUUUGUCCCCAUGGAAGAAGUGGAGAAAGCACUAUCCACUGCCAGACUUCGAGUAUUGACUGGGGAUGAGACAAAUCUAGUGGUGGCUUGUGCUGCCUUGAGGAAGGCUAUAGCAGGAGAACUAUGUCGUGAGUUACUGGAGGAAACACAAGAGCUGGAUGUCCAGCAAGGAGAUAUCAUCUCAGCUUUGCAGAGGAAGCAUGGUGUGAAGAUCAGUAUGCGCCAGGGACAGGGCCACAUAGAAGGAUUCAGUCAGUUCAUCAACAGUUGUCGGCAAGAACUAAUCCAGAUACUGAAGGCCUUAAAGGGCGAGAGCAGUCCCCGACAGCCAAUGGAUCUAGAUAUAAGGAAAGGAGUCAAGCUUUUGACUUUGACAGAAACAUCAGAGGAGUUUGCCCAUGUCACCCACCAAUUCUACAGCUCACUCGAGGAACUCCGGCCAUCUGUCCGUGUCCUUCAGGUACAGAGAGUGCAGAAUGUUCUACUUCACAAUCAAUAUGAGCUAAAAAAACAGAGCAUGUUGGCCCCCGGCCCCGGGGGGCUUAUAGAGCGCACACUGUAUCAUGGAACCACCGAGGCCAGCGCCAGAGAGAUCUGCCACAAUGGAUUUAACCGAAGCUUCUGCGGCAAGAACGCUGCUCUGUAUGGCCAAGGAGUGUAUUUUGCUGUGCAGUCUGUGCUCUCGACACGAGAUACUUAUUCCCCCCCCUCCACUGAGGGCAAGAAGUAUGUGCUUGUGGCCCAGGUCCUUACGGGGGAAUUUGCCCUGGGGAAGAGAGAGAUGCGGGCGCCUCCACCUCUAGCAGAGACCCCAGGAGAUGCCCCCAGACGCUACGACAGCCUGGCAGACAGUCUCCAGAAUCCGACAAUAUUUGUCAUAUUCAAUGACACCCAGGCCUAUCCCCAGUACCUUAUCACCUGCUGCAAAGGGAGUAAAGCUUAGAGCUGGGGAUGAGCCAGUGAAAGUGACAGUUUGGCCAUUGAUAUAGAUAGGGAACAUGUAACAAUGAGCCAGUGGGUCAGUACCAGCAACUGGGUCCCUCUGUUGCCCUGAAUAUUUCUGUGAGACAAAGGACUGAUAUUGGAUCCGCUGGGCUCCCCAGGCCAGAACUGAUGGACAAGAUAUUCAGAUCUCCUGGGUCUUUCAUUGCAGUGAAACUUUCCUUUCUUUCUAUUUCUCUCUCUCUCAUUAAUUGUGAAUUAGUCAAAUAAAUCAAGACUUUUGCUUCCCUAUAAGAAAUGCAGAUUUAGGGCAGGAUAGAACUUCUGUCUUGUGGGGGUGGGGUCCUGAGUUCAAUUCCAGCCAGGGCUCUAUGUACAGGGUGUUUAUAUGUUCUCCCCAUGUCUGUGUGGGUUUCUCGGGGCACCCCAGUUUCCUCCCACACCCCGAAAUAAAUACCGGUUGACUGGCUCCUAAUAAAUCUGACAGUUACUGUGAUGGGAACGACGUAGAAUGUCUGCAAAGUGCAGCAGAAAUGUGUUGGCCCAAUAUAUAUAUAGUGAAUCAAGUACCUCCUAUUGUAAUAUAUAAGGAUAUUAUAAGUCCAUGAUCAUAUACAGAUAUACAGGUCGUUAAACGUUUAUAACUGAUGACAUCAGAACUGACAGUUUAUAAGGAUAUCAUUUACAAGCUAUUUAUGGCCUGUGUGUAUUAUAUAUAUACAGUAUAUAUAUACAGUAUAUAGCAUAUUGCAUGGGGGGAUCUUAUUGGGACAGGCCUCAGGAAAGGGGGGAUGAGCAUUAAACUGCACAAAGUCACAUGGUAUAACAAAUUCACAUUGUCUGUGGAUUUGGCUUUAGAAAAACUUACAAGUGAUAAAACUGACAGUUGUUCUCUGGGAGAAGGAGUGGGAAGGUCUCGGUUGCAAAUCAAAGGGCUCAUUUAGAAUCUGGGGGUGUCAUCAGAAAUCACAAGGCCCCGUCUGACAAAAUGUUCUGGGCCCCCUGGGUCUGGCCCUUCCCCACUAAGACCCCCUCAGUAAAAGAGCCACACAGACAGGGGUGUUGAACGCUAAAAACCCACUGGUGGUCAGGGACCCCCUACAAGUUAAAAAAAAACGUUGGGGGGCCCAUAGAAGAUUUUUUUUAAAUGUGGUGGUCAGGGGUCUAAUGAAAAAUAAAU